AUGGCCAUCGGCAAACAGACUUCUUCAAAGCCGUUUCCCCAACCAGCUGCGGGGUACACCGAGCCCUUUUGGCGGACAGAGGUAGAUCCGCUGGACAGUCAUCAAAGUUCACCAGAUCUGCCCGCUGAGACUGAUAUUCUGAUCAUUGGUGGUGGCUAUGCGGGUGCCUCGGCGGCGUAUCAUCUCUGUGAUGGUACGUCACAGGCCGAGUCUCCGCGAGUGGUGCUUCUCGAAGCGCGAGAGCUGUGCUCUGGCGCUACUGGGCGAAAUGGAGGUCAUUUGCGACCCGAUCUAUAUGCGAUUACCAAAACGUAUUCGGAACGAUAUGGUCUAGACGCUGCGGAGGAGGUGGUUCGAUUCGAGAUUUCACACAUGAGGAAACUUGAAGAGAUUGUGCAAAAGGAGCAGAUUGACUGCAACCUAACGUUUACUCGCUCUUUUGACAUUUAUCUUGACGAGGAUCAACUGGCGGAGGCCAAAGCCUUUUAUGACUUUCUCAUCUCGCAAGGUCUUGAUUUCAUGAGAGAUGUCGAGUACUUGUCCGAGGAGGAGGCCCAAAGGUCCGCCAAAGUACGAAAUGCCAAAGGAGGCUUUAGCUUUUCUGCUGGCCAUCUCUGGCCCUAUAAGCUGAUUGUCGGUCUAAUCCGCGUGGCGGUCUCUCGCGGACUCAAUCUCCAGACCAGAACCAUGGUCACCGAGAUUGGUUCGAUUCCGUCCCAACAAGGAUUGUGGCCUGUACACACGAGUCGCGGGACCAUCCACGCCCGCAAGAUUAUCCUUGCGACCAACGCCUUCACAAGCGCCAUUGCACCAGAGUAUUCGCGGGCGAUUGUUCCUUGCAAGGGACUCUGUACCCAUAUCGAGGCCGCCCCCGGGGCUCCUUACGAGCCGCUCCCCGAGACAUAUGCCAUACGACAUGGACCGGGGGCCUUUAUCUAUCAAAUCUCGCGCAAGGACGGAUCGAUCAUCGUUGGCGGAGCUCAAUAUACGUAUCGGGAUUCGCCCGAGCAAUGGCAUAAUAAUUCCGAUGAUGGGUCUUUAAUUCCGAACGUGGAACACUAUUUUGACGGAUACAUGCAACGGACAUUUUUCGGCUGGGAGGACAGUCAAGCGAGAGUGAAACAAAAAUGGACCGGUGUCAUGGGAUACAGUGCGGAUUCACUGCCCCAUAUCGGAGCUAUCCCCAAUAAGCCCGGGCAAUUCAUCGCUGCAGGGUUCAAUGGACAUGGCAUGCCAGUCGUCUUUUUGUGCGGCAAGGCGAUUGCCGAAAUGGCUCGUGAUUCGGUCUCGUUUGAGCAAACGGGCCUGCCCAGACUCUUUGAGACCACGACGGAGCGUCUGAGUCCUAUUUACGACGAUACUCUGGGUUAG